AUGGAGGAAACCGAGAUUGCUGUCGACUGCAACCAUUUGCUAUGGAACUACAAGCUGAACCUGACAAUGGAUCCCAAGUUUGAGUCUGUGGCCAUGGAGAUCUGCAAGAGUACUAUCACUGAGAUUAAGGAGUGUUCGGAGGAGGAGCGUGGUAAGGGUUACCUGGUGUCCUGCCUGGUGGAUCACCGUGGUAACAUCACAGAGUACCAGUGUCACCAGUACAUCACCAAGAUGACCUCUAUCGUCUUCUCAGACUACAGACUCAUCUGUGGCUUCAUGGACAAGUGUAGAGAGGACAUCAACACGCUACGCUGUGGAAGCAUCAACGUUGGAGAGAAGGACAUCCAUUCACAGGGUGAGGUCAUAGCGUGUCUGGAGAAAGCCUUAGUCCGAGAGGCGGAGCAACAGGACCAGGCUCAUCCAAUCAGAGAGGAGUGUAAGAAGAGCAUCAUGCGCGUAGCGGAGCUGUCGUCAGACGACUUCCACCUGGACAGAUUCCUGUACUUCUCCUGCCGAGAGGACCGAGAACGCUUCUGUGGAAACACCCAAGCAGGAGAGGGCAAGGUUUACAAGUGUCUCUUCAGCCACAAGUUUGAGGAGGCCAUGUCUGAGAAGUGUCGAGAGGCCCUGACCACGCGUCAGAAGCUGAUAACCCAGGACUACAAGGUUAGCUACUCUCUGACCAAGGCCUGCAGGGCUGACCUCAGGAAGCACCGCUGUAACCUGGACACCAACAUGCCCCGCGCUAGAGAGGCACGACUAUCAUAUCUGCUGCUAUGCCUGGAGUCUGCUGUACACAGGGGUGGGUGGAGGAGAGAGAGUGUGUGUGUACAUGUGUAUGAGGGGUGAUAAAUGCCAUACAUUAACUGUUGAAUGUGUGUACAUGUGUAUGAGGGGUGAUAAAUGCCAUACAUUAACUGUUGAAUGUGUGUGAGGGGUGAUAAAUGCCAUACAUUAACUGUUGAAUGUGUAUACAUGUGUAUGAGGGGUGAUAAAUGCCAUACAUUAACUGUUGAAUGUGAAUACAUGUGUAUGAGGGGUGAUAAAUGCCAUACAUUAACUGUUGAAUGUGUAUACAUGUGUAUGAGGGGUGAUAAAUGCCAUACAUUAACUGUUGAAUGUGUGUACAUGUGUAUGAGGGGUGAUAAAUGCCAUACAUUAACUGUUGAAUGUGUAUACAUGUGUAUGAGGGGUGAUAAAUGCCAAACAUUAACUGUUGAAUGUGUGUACAUGUGUAUGAGGGGUGAUAAAUGCCAUACAUUAACUGUUGAAUGUGUGUGAGGGGUGAUAAAUGCCAUACAUUAACUGUUGAAUGUGUAUACAUGUGUAUGAGGGGUGAUAAAUGCCAUACAUUAACUUUUGAAUGUGUGUACAUGUGUAUGAGGGGUGAUAAAUGCCAU